AUGAAUGCCGAACUAUCCGAAGAAAGUCUGCGGCGUGCCGUGUUCAAGUUUUAUUACACCGACGGCAUCCCCGAUGAAAUCGAUUCUUUAUUUGAUUGGGCAGCAAAGUCGCACUGGACUGCUAUUCCUAGACCUAUAGUUACCGCCACCGACUUUCAGCAGAGAAUGAGAAUAAUUCAGAGGAUAUAUGCACUCCAUUAUGCGUCACGCGAAGGCCAUCAAGCUGCUAGCAAUGGGCAAAGUCCGCUCCUCCCAGUGCCGCUGGUAUCCUAUUUCAUGCUGGUACCUCUCCGCCAUUUACGGAGCCUGACUCAGAGGCCUGGGCAAUAUUUUCCCUCCCCUUUAACCUUGAAUACUUAUCUAUCGCUUGAUGGAGAAACUGCAUCACCCGCUGAUGUAGAUAGAGAAACUGCACCACCCACUGAUGUAGAUGGAGAAAGCGAAAUCAGUGUCGAUAGUCUCUACUCAAAUAAGGAAGAAGUAGACAAAGUCCUUGACAGAGAAGAGGAGAUGUGUAUCUUGACAGGAGCGCCUUGUUCAAAGGUGUCUUAUAUUGUGCCAUAUUUGGUCAGCCCGGGUGAGGAAAACAUGAGCCGAGAGUUCAUCGCUCAACUCGACACCAUCAUGUUCUCGCUUAGUCAGUUGUCUCUUAAUGACUUGACUGCUCCAGAGUCAUAUAACAAGUCUUGGAACAUGAUUUGCAUGGAUAGGGUUUAUUAUUAUUGGUGGGGCGAAUGCCUCUUUGGUCUUAAAUGCGUCGGGAUCCGUGAUGUUCAAGGGAGUGAUCAGUGUAUCAUUCAGCUACAGUUUCAAUGGAUGCACAAGAAUAGCCUUUCUCCUACCGCGGAGAUGGGCCUAAGCACCGCUAAUGCCUGGCAGAUGUUGUUGGAUACACCAUUUCGACUAAGAGAAGGCCCUCCGACUGAGGAUUCCGUCCCUCUCAUCGAGUCAGGGCAAAUGUUUUAUAUUACCAUGCCGUGCGAAGAUGUCGACAAGAUGAAGGCAAUGUUUGACAUUCGAUGGGCCAACACCAAGCUUGCAGCGCUCUCUGGAGCCACGGGGAGCCGGGGGGAAUUACAACUGCCUCCCAGUGAGCCUGAUCUUGGAUCCGCGCUGACGACGGAAGAUGUGAAUGCUUGGCUUGGUGAUUUACCAGACGAUACGGGCGAGUAUGAGUCGGACUGGGAAAGUGGAGUGCAGCUACAGGUACCUAUCGGGCCAGCAACUACUCAAGAGAGCGACAACCCUCCGUCUGGAUAA